AUGACUGCUGCGUGGAAAGCCGCUGGCCUUACCUACAACCGCUACCUGGCCGUCGCCGCCCGCGUCGUCCGCCGAAGCUUGAAGGAGGAUAAGAGAAUCGCUGCCGAGCGACGAGGCGAGAUGGACCUGCGAUUCGCCAAGUGGCAGAACGGCAAGCAGGGCGAGGCCCAGAACCUGGCCGCUGCCAACGCCGCCAACGCCGCCGAGAACGCUGCUUAA